UCGGGCCGCGCCGCCAUGGAGCCGGCGCCGCGCUGGCUGGCGGGGCUGCGCUUCGACAACCUGGCGCUGCGCGCGCUGCCCGUGGAGCCGCCGCCCGCCGCGCCCGACGCGCCGCGGCCCGUGCCCGGCGCCUGCUUCGCGCGCGCGCGCCCCGCGCCCCUGCGGGCGCCCCGCGUCGUGGCCCUGGCGCGGCCCGCGCUGGCCCUGCUGGGGCUGCCGCCGCCGCCCGCCGCCGCGCUGGCCCAGGCCGAGGCCGAGGCCGCGCGCUUCUUCAGCGGCAACGCGCUGCUGCCGGGCGCCGAGCCCGCCGCGCACUGCUACUGCGGCCACCAGUUCGGCCAGUUCGCCGGGCAGCUGGGCGACGGCGCCGCCAUGUACCUGGGCGAGGUGGUCACGGCGGCCGGCGCGCGCUGGGAGCUGCAGCUCAAGGGCGCGGGGCCCACGGCCUUCUCCAGACAGGCUGACGGGCGCAAGGUCCUGCGCUCAAGCAUCCGUGAGUUCCUGUGCAGUGAGGCCAUGUUCCACCUGGGCAUCCCCACCACGCGGGCGGGUGCCUGCGUCACCUCGGAGUCCUCGGUCGUGCGCGACGUGUUCUAUGAUGGUAAUCCCAAGUCUGAGAAAUGCACGGUGGUGUUGCGUAUAGCUCCCACUUUCCUCAGGUUCGGCUCCUUCGAGAUUUUCAAGCCCACGGACGAGCUGACGGGGCGCGCGGGCCCCAGCGUGGGGAGGAACGACAUCCGCGUGCAGAUGCUAGACUACGUCAUCGGCACGUUCUACCCCGAGAUCCAGGCUGCACACGCGGCGGACACUGUGGAGAGGAACCUGGCCUUCUUCCGGGAGGUGAGCCGGCGCACGGCCCGCAUGGUGGCGGAGUGGCAGUGCGUGGGCUUCUGCCACGGCGUCCUCAACACCGACAACAUGAGCAUCGUGGGGCUCACCAUCGACUACGGGCCCUUCGGCUUCAUGGACCGGUACGACCCUGAGCACGUGUGCAACGCCUCUGACGGUGGGGGGCGCUACGCGUACAGCAAGCAGCCCGAGGUGUGCCGCUGGAACCUGCAGAAGCUGGCCGAGGCCCUGGAGCCCGAGCUGCCCCUCGAGCUGGCCGAGGCCAGCCUGGAUGAAGCCUUCGACGCCGAGUUCCAGAGACACUACCUGUGGAAGAUGCGCCGCAAGCUGGGCCUCGUGAGCACGGAGCAGGACGACGACGGCGCACUGGUGGCCAGGCUCCUGGAGACCAUGCACCUGACCGGCGCCGACUUCACCAACACCUUCUCCCUGCUGCGCACCUUCCCCACGGACCCGGAGUCCCCAGACCUGGAGGAGUUCCUGGCCGCCCUGGCCGUGCAGUGUGCCACCCUGGACGAGCUCAAGAUGGCCUUCCGGCCCCGCAUGGACCCCCGGCAGCUCUCCAUGAUGCUGACCUUGGCACAGUCCAACCCGCAGCUGCUGGCGCUCAUUGGCAGCAGCCGGGCGAGCCUGGCCAAGGAGCUGGAGCGCGUGGAGCAGCGGUCCAAGCUGGAGGAGCUGAGCCCCGCGGAGCUGCUGUGCGGGAACCGGGAGCGCUGGACCCAGUGGCUGGCCGAGUACAGAGUCCGGCUGGAGGCGGACAGGGCGGGCGCCAGUGACACCGACAGCUGGCGGGCCGAGCGCACGCGGGUCAUGUGCGCCAGCAACCCCAAGUAUGUGCUGCGGAACCACCUGGCCCAGAACGCCAUCGAGGCCGCCGAGAAGGGGGACUUCUCCGAGGUCCACCGGGUGCUGGAGCUGCUGGAGGCACCGUACCCCGGGGCGGAGGAGGCCGAGGAGGCCGAGGCCGUGGCCUCCUACAGCAGCAAGCCCCCGCUCUGGGCGGCAGAGCUCUGCGUGACGUGA